GCAGCUGAGUGACAGAUGAUAUAGCCAAUGGAAACGCACCUCUUAACGGCACCAAGGAAGUGCGCUCCCAAAAUGGUCCAAUUAAGAAGUACCAAGAAGUAGCGAGAGGGCGGUGCCAUAGAAAGGUCCUUUCUUAAUUAGUUAUGUAGUUCGGGAUUCCGUUGAGGUUUUGGGCACGUUUUAAGAUCUAUUUGUCUGUUUUUCUGGGCAGUGUAUGCGUUGACAUCGGGACGAAGCCGGGGGAAUGAAAGGGGCCGUGUUUCUUGCUCAGAAAAUGGGCUUCUUUCUGUUCUACGUCGGCUCCGUCAGUCCCAGCGCGACUGCGGCUGAGGAGAGUAAGCUGUAUUGUGACGGAGUGAACAAUCAGAGCUACAUAUGUGAGUCAGGCCACUGCUGUGGACAGUCACAGUGCUGCAGUUAUUACUAUGAGCUCUGGUGGUUCUGGUUGGUAUGGGCCAUCAUCUUCAUCCUGAGCUGUUUCUGCAUUUGUCACCACCGGCGUACAAAGCACCGGCUGCAGCAGCAGCAACGGCAGCAUGAGAUCAACCUCAUCGCCUACCGGGAGGCACAUAACUACACAUCUCUGCCCUUCUACUUCAGGUUUCUGCCAAAUUACCUCCUGCCUGAUUAUGAGGAAGUAGUCAACCGGCCCUCAACCCCACCUCCCCCUUAUAGUGCCUUGAAUACCAGCCCACCAGCUGGAACCAGUCCCUUGACCAGCGAACAACCAGACGGAUUUCAGCCACCCAUGCAGACCCCUCCAGCUCCUGCAGUCUGUGACACACUGUCCUCCAGGCACAGCCUUGAGGAUCACAGCCACCCAACAGAUUACAUCCAUAAAGGAGACAGCAAGGCACAGCUGGGCUCAGAGAAUUGCAACCCGGAUCUUGCAGCUUCUGGCCCGGAGAAGGAACCAUUGAGGGACUCUGGCCCUGAGGGCUGCCAGGAGGACAAGGAAAGGAGCGUGGGGAGGCACCGGCGCUUUACAGGUGACUCGGGCAUUGAAGUUUGCGUGUGCAACCAAGUGCCGGAGGGUGAAGGCCUGCGGGAGCUGGACGAGCUGUUGGGUGACAGUUUGGGACUGGAGGACUUCUGCGACGGCUGCGCUUCCUGCAGCCUUCGUGGUGCCGGGGAUGAUGAGCUGGGUCAGGCCCAGCUAGAGGGCCGGGUGGAGCGGCAUGCCGUCUGUCUGCUCUUGCACACCAUCAAUGAACAGGAUGGGCCGAACCAAGCAGGUAGCAUGGACUCCCAGAACUGAGCGCAAAGCACAUUACCGAAGGAACAGGACAGAGUGUUAAACAUGGACUCCUCGCACUUUCCUACAGUAUGUUGCGUGAUGUUGCUGUCAUUCUUUUUAUGAACCAGACUCUCAAGUCCAGUUAAGCCUUCUGUACAGUAGCACUUUCAUGGUCUGUGGCUGCCUGUCACGACUAGAGAAGCUGCUCUAGAAGCAAGAGGAUGGGCUCCCCAGUGCCUGUUUUGACAAUUCAAAUGUGAUGACAGAACCAAGACCCAGUUUAAGAAUGGUAUGCGUGGCGCUCGUGGUGAUGCUACUGCUUGUAUUUAUUGAGUGAAUCAGGACCUACUCACCAGGACUGAAAGGGGUGUUGAUGAAAAUUUUAAUUAUUUUGUGAGCGUGCAGUGCAAGCGAUACCCAGUUUGUUUCAUGCCAUAGCCGGCUCUCCUGACGUGGGCUGUGCUCUUCAAACCAAACGUUGUCUGUUGUGAAAUGUUGGACAUGUGCCUUGCUAGCGGAAGACUAAUGGUGGUGUACAUAGCUACACGCUUUUUAACAUUGUCUACAACUUAAGAAGCACUAGCAGUAAGAACACCAUAUUGUCAUGGGUUCUAUACCCCAUUAUACUGUAACCAAAUUGUCUGCUUUGUUACUACUGUAAAGGGGAAAUGUAUUUAGCAAAUGGAUGUAUGCUUAGUUAACAUUUUGCACAUGAUAUAUUUAUGGAUAAUGGAUCUAAAUUUUCUUAAAGAUCAGUAGCAGUUCAGUAUUUGUACAAAGUGUCUUAAUUCACAUCACAUUUUGUCUGCCAAUGAACUUCAGAAAAUGGUUGAUAAAAUAUUAGUCUCACUAGUUUUCACGUGAUUACAUUAACUGACAAAACACUACAUAUUAUUGCAGACUUCUACAUCUUUUGUUUGACUGAUUAGGUUUCUGUUAAUUUUAAAUACAAUAGAGAUUACAUUGCUAGCUGCAGUGUGCCUUCAACCUCCAUAUACAGUAAGUGCUUGCUCAAAUCUGAAUUGUAUACUGAUGCAGGUUUUGAUUUUCUAUGAAAGUGAUUAGGUUU